GCUACCAGAGGGCAGGGGGGUCGUAUUUCUAAAAGUGUUCUGGGGCUCUCUGUUUCAAAGUACGACAAUUUAUAUGGUCCAAAAUGUCAUAUAACUACGUCGUGACGGCCCACAAGCCGACUGGCGUGUCUGCCUGCGCUACAGGCAACUUCACGUCACCGGAUGACAUCAACCUUAUCCUCGCCAAAAACACUCGCCUUGAGAUUUAUGUCGUCUCCCCAGAGGGCCUCAGACCUGUCAAAGAGAUCGGCAUUUAUGGGAGGAUAAGUAUUAUGAAGCUUUUCAGACCGCCGGGAGAGAAGAAAGACCUACUGUUCUUUCUAACGGCAAAGUACAAUGCGGCAAUACUGGAGUGUGUCCAAUAUGGGGACAGCAUCGAAAUUAUAACCAGAGCGCAUGGCAACAUUGCUGACACAUUCUCGAGGCCAUCGGAGACGGGCAACAUUGGCAUCAUAGACCCCGAGUGCCGAGUGAUUGGCCUUCGACUGUACGAUGGGCUCUUCAAGGUUAUUCCUUUGGACAGAGACAAUAGGGAACUGAAAGCCUUUAACAUCAGGAUGGAAGAGCUAACGGUGCAAGACAUGGAGUUCCUGCAUGGCUGCAAGACGCCCACCAUUGUGCUGCUGCACCAGGACAGCCAGGCACGUCACAUGAAGACCUACGAGGUGUCGCUCAAGGACAAGGAGUUUGUGCGGGGCCCCUGGAAGCAGGACCAUGUGGAGAGCGAGGCCACCCUGGUGAUCGCUGUGCCAGAGCCCUUCUGCGGUGCGCUUGUCAUUGGCCAGGAGUCCAUCACCUAUCACAAUGGGGACCAGUACGUCGUCAUCACACCACACCUCAUCCGACAGAGCACCAUUGUCUGCUAUGGAAAGGUGGACGCUAAUGGGUCCCGGUAUCUGCUGGGCGACAUGGCGGGUCGACUGUUCAUGCUGCUGCUGGAGCGGGAGGACAAGAUGGACGGCACCACGGCUGUCAAGGAUCUCAAGCUGGAGUUCCUGGGGGAAAUAACCAUCGCAGAGUGCAUCACCUACCUCGACAACGGCGUCGUGUAUGUUGGAUCCCGCCUUGGCGACUCACAGCUCAUCAAGCUCAACUCGGAGCGCAAUGACCAGGGUUCAUACGUGGAGAUCAUGGAGGUGUUCACCAACUUGGGUCCCAUCGUAGACAUGUGCGUGGUGGACCUGGAGCGACAGGGGCAAGGCCAGCUGGUGACAUGCUCAGGAGCCUUCAAGGAGGGCUCCCUGCGCAUCAUCCGCAAUGGCAUCGGCAUCCAUGAGCAUGCCAGUAUUGACCUGCCGGGCAUCAAGGGCAUGUGGCCCCUGCGGGUGGGGCCCCGCGCGGCACCCCAAGGUGGGGAUGGCAAAGACCCUGGGGACAGCACCGAACGUGACAACACGCUUGUGCUUUCCUUUGUACGCCAGACCAGGGUUCUCAUGCUGAGCGGUGAAGAAGUGGAAGAGACAGAGCUGGCUGGGUUCGACACGUCCCAACAGACUUUCUUCUGUGGCAAUGUUCGCAACAAGCAGCUUAUUCAGGUCACUGCAGCAGCUGUACGUCUUGUGGACAGCCAGACCAAGCAGCUCCUGAAUGAGUGGAAGCCACCAGGUGGACGUAACAUUAGUGUUGUGACAUGCAACCAGAGCCAAAUAGUGUGCGCCGUUCGGAAGGAAGUGUUCUGCUUGGAAAUCGGCGAUGGCGUCCUGAAUCAGAUCAGUAAUGCAGAGCUGGAAAAUGAGGUGGCCUGCCUGGACAUUACACCCCUUACGGAGGGGGCUGAAAAGUCAACAUUAUGUGCGGUGGGCCUCUGGACGGACAUUUCCAUUCGCAUCCUCAGUCUGCCCUCUCUUCAACAACUUCAGAAGGAGAACAUUGGAGGCGAGAUAAUCCCAAGGUCGAUACUGAUCACAACAUUUGAAGCCAUUCACUAUCUCCUGUGUGCCCUUGGAGAUGGCUCUUUAUUCUACUUCCUACUUGAUGCCACAACGGGUGCCCUUACGGACAGGAAAAAGGUUACCUUGGGCACACAGCCAACAGUCUUGAAGACGUUCAAAUCGCUGUCAACGAGCAAUGUGUUUGCCUGCUCUGACCGACCCACAGUAAUCUAUUCGAGCAAUCACAAGCUGGUGUUUUCCAAUGUGAAUCUUAAGGAGGUCAAUCACAUGUGCCCUCUCAACUCUGAGGGUUAUCCGGACAGCCUUGCCCUUGCCAAUGACAACACCCUCCUUAUUGGUACCAUUGAUGAGAUUCAGAAGCUCCACAUUCGAACUGUGCCUCUUGGGGAGCUGCCAAGGAGGAUUGCUUACCAGGAAGCAACGCAGACGUUCGGGGUUAUCACCAUCCGCAACGAUAUCUUGGGCAGUAGUGGCCUAACACCUGUGAGGCCCAGUGCAAGCACACAGGCACAGAAUGUUACCUACAGCUCCAACAUGAGCUCUGUGUUCAAGCCCGGAGCAGUGAGUACUGGCAAUGACCAGCUUGGCCAAGAAGUUGAAGUUCACAAUCUCCUCAUCAUCGACCAGCACACCUUCGAAGUGUUACAUGCCCACCAGUUCAUGCAGACUGAGUAUGCAAUGAGCAUCGUGUCGACUCGACUGGGGAACGACCCCAACACCUACUACGUUGUUGGAACGGCAAAUGUGCUGCCUGACGAGUCAGACCCUAAGCAGGGUCGCAUAAUAGUCUUCCACUGGGUGGAUGGCAAACUGGAACAGGUAGCGGAGCAGGAGAUCAAAGGAGCGCCUUACUCCAUGCUGGAGUUCAACGGCAAGCUUCUGGCCUCUAUCAACAGCACGGUGCGCCUGUUUGAAUGGAAUGCGGAAAGGGAGCUGCGGAACGAGUGCAGCCACUUCAACAACAUCCUGGCACUCUACUUGCGUGCCAAGGGGGACUUUGUGCUCGUUGGCGAUCUCAUGCGAUCCAUGUCCUUGCUGGCGUACAAGCCCCUGGAGGGAAGCUUCGAGGAGAUUGCAAGAGACUAUCAGACCAACUGGAUGACCUCUGUGGAGAUCUUGGAUGAUGACACUUUCCUCGGGGCAGAGUCUACGACAAAUCUGUUUGUUUGCCAGAAGGACAGUGCGGCCACGACCGAUGAAGAGCGUCAGCACCUGCAGGAAGUAGGGCAGUUCCAUCUUGGGGAGUUUGUCAACGUCUUCCGGCAUGGUUCACUUGUUAUGCAGCAUCCUGGUGAAACGUCCUCGCCCACACAGGGCUCCGUGCUUUUUGGCACCAUCCAUGGUGCUAUAGGUCUUGUGGCCCAGCUGCCUUCAGACUUCUACAGCUUCCUUCUUGAGGUCCAAGAAAACCUUACAAAAGUGAUCAAGAGUGUGGGAAAAAUUGACCAUGCCUUCUGGCGGUCGUUUUCAACGGAGAGGAAGACAGAACAGGCGAUAGGUUUUAUCGAUGGCGACCUCAUCGAGAGCUUUCUUGACCUGAGUCGGGACAAGAUGCAGGAGGUUGUUCAAGGAAUUCAGAUGGAUGACGGCAGUGGCAUGAAGAGGGAUGCUGGUGUGGACGACCUCAUCAAAAUCAUUGAAGAGCUGAGCCGUAUUCAUUGAGAGUGUUUGUGUGCGUGUGUGUGUUGUUUUUCGGGUCUUUCCCACGAACUGCGUCAUUUGCCGUCACUAGCUGCCAUAGUACUUCCGUCAUCACUAUUCAUCAUUCUUAAAACACAUCUGCGACCAUUAGAUCACACCUUCAUUUUCUCUCCCUUGAAGCGUAAUUUUUGCCUUUCUUCUUUUGAAGACCAUUUUGUCCAAGCAGCUCAGUGCAGAAGAGUACUAGUUUGCUAUAGGAGCAUUUUGCGUCCAGUUUGUUCACCUGAUGUUGCAUAUGCUGACCCGCAAAGGCAGGCUUGUCCACUGUUAAAAGGAACACAUUGUUAGUAGUCCACUAAUGAUAACAUGUUAGAUAUAACAAGAAAGCCAACCGACAGAUUUUUUAUUAUUAAUCAAUUUGUUAUAAUUUCUGUUUAUUCUUUUGUAAGUCAGUAAAACUUUUAAGCUAUAUUGAGCUAUGUAUUGACUAGGUGUUUCCUCUAAUGGUGGGCAACCCUGUACUUUAUAGUACCGUAUCGGCUAGAAAACAUCAUCUGCAAUCUCUGCAUGGUCCUUUUGUUGGUCAUGUGGUUUGCUAGGUUUCAAAUGCAGUAAGGAAAUCAGUAACAGAAAAUAUUUGUGGAAUAAAUUAGAGUGUUGACAGCCAUUGCUACAUAACUUGUGGAAGAAGAUGAAGAGGCGAUGCCACCAUGCUGACAAUUUCUGAAGUAUGUGUCAAAGCAGUUACAAAAGGAGUUAUUGAGGAAAAUUGCGCAGUUUACCUCUCUUUUUGAUGGGCAUUUGACUGAAGAAGCUGCAGCAGCUGCCAGUUUUGUAGAAGUCUCGCUGGUACCAUGCCAGUUCGCUUAAUCGUAAAAGUUUCUGCUCCAAGUAUGUCUAAUGCAAUUUUUAAUUUCUGUGUGCACAUCUCUUGAGCUUCAUUUAGGCACUUUAAAUGUGGUUGCUUGUGCACCUUCCCACCUGUUGGCCGUGUCACAGUGCAUUGUGUCCACCUACAAGCACAUCCCGGAACGAUAAGGUUUCGUUCAAGAUUGUCUUGUUCUUUUUUGAAGUGCUUUAAAACCCUAAUUUUGUACUUUACUUGUGAUUCAGCAGAAGGCGAGUUGUGUGGCUCCCUCUCUUGGACCAUGGACGUACAGUGCAUGAAAGCCUUGCAUAGGUCGCUAGAACAGUGUGCAGCGGCAGUGGCUAACUAGGUUUGAAGUACUAUUGGCCUCGUGUGCCACUGCAGUCGCACGUGGCAUGAGCCUUGCCUCUGAAGCCUAGCAGCCACAAUCGGGUAUUAAAUUUUUUGCUGAAGAGCAAUGUGACACUCAAAUGCUCUGCACAACACAGUUGUGGCUUGUGCUACUCUAGGUAAAUUGCUUGCUCCCUGCUUUCUAUUUUGUUGAUGCUGUUUCCUCACUCUCAUCAUAUGAUUAGUGCAAAGAUGUGGUGCUAUUUUUAGAUGCUUGUUUUUUAAUGAAGAAAUGCACAGUGCGCCCGAUGUGCAAGAUCUUUUUUAAAAAUUGUGGCAAGGUGAUUAAACUAAAUUAACAUAGCUUGCUUUGUUAAUUGUGUAAGCAAAACUUGUGUAGGCAAGUUUUGUGAGUUUGUAUAGCCAAGAUCACACUCCCACUUGUGGUGAUCCCAAAUUUGAGAGAAAUAGCUCACUGUUCCAAAGUUAGGCUGUGCUAUAUUUAAAUUCUUGUUGUUAUAGUUACAGCAUGUAUAAAUGUUUUGUCAUUGUUAUUGUGUUUCUAUUCCUAGAGCCAAUAGAGAAGACGUGCUUAGCUGGACUUAGCACAAAGAGAAGCUUAGUGGACUUUUGUCCAAGUUGCUUCCAUUUGUCUAUUAACUAAAGGUCUCUGUUGGUGUCAGUAAGCAUUAUAUAUGUUGUUUUUUUCCUUCCUGUGAAAUGAACAUGCUGUUUAGGAAAAUUAUUUACUUAAUAAAAACACCCAUGGUAAAAGUUUGCCCCUAUUUAUUAUUCCGCUCAGUUUUGACCGCAGAUGAAAUCUGCUGAUGCAUCCGCCUCCAGUCCAAGACUUCAGUUGCAGCUGCUGCAGUGUUCAGAAAAAUCUUUAGCCAUUCGUAGGUUAAUAUAAGGUUAACAGCACAAGCAUUGUGCUUGUCUCCUUAAAUAUCGUGCAAGUCUGUAUUAUUCCGCUCAGUUUUGACUGCAGAUGAAUUCUGCUGAUGCGUCCGCCUUAUAUCCAAGACAUCAGUUGCAGCUGCUGCAUUGUUCAGAAAAAUGUUUCACCAUUCUUAGGUUAAUAUAAGGCACAAGUUUUGUCCUUGUCUCUUCAAAUAUUGUGCUUCUCUGGUACUGCAAAGCAUUCUGUGCCAGUGUUAAGCCUUGGCAGUACAAGUACUAAGAAAGGCGAAUUUUGUGAAACGGGGGAACUUCUGUAUUUCAUGGAACUUCUGUAUUUCGUAUAUCUAUGCUGAAGAAAAUUCUUUGUCAUUGCGCACUGUAUCACUGUCAUAGUUGUUCAGUUCCAUCACUGCCGAAAAAAAUAUAUACCAGUUUGAUUUUGACAUUGAGAACAAAUAUUAAUAAUGGAGGGUAGAGAUUUCGGCAUGCUGGUAGUUCAUGUUAAAAUAAGAACAGUGCGAGAGAUAGGGGACAAACGAAAGACACAAGGCACUGUGUGGGUCUUUCUUUGUCCCUGUCUCUCGCGCUGUUCUUAUUUAAAAUAUGAGUAAGCUACAUUUCUGUAGCAGCUGGAGCAAGUUAUAUGUUUAACAUCGAUUUCCUUUCAUUUUAAUGUUGCACUCAAUUUUUUGUUUUUUCUAUUUUGGCGUGCACUGUGCAGUGUAUAAUUUAUGGCAUGUUAGGCUUCACUUGGGCAAAUGGAUGCACAAUGGUGUUGCAUCAUUGCGUGAGAUCUUGGCUUUAAUGAUGUUUUAGUGAGCCCCAUUCACCAGUCAAAGUAAUGGCCUAUCAAAAUAAAUUGCAAGGCAUUAGUUUGGAAUGCACACAUGCUAUGUAUGAAGGUGCUGAUUGGCGCAAAGCUGCAGUUAUCCCAUUUUGUAAACAAGAACAUUUGUACAGAUUUGUUUUCCAAUUGUGCUUUUUAUUCUUUCUGCUUGUGUUGUGUUCUCUUUUUUCAGCUUGCACAGACUUGUGGAGAGUUAAAGAAUAAAGGUUUAUAUGUUGAAAUAAUUCA